GAAACAAAGCCGGUCGAUCGAGUGACUGUAAAGUCGUGUUUUUGGCCGAGUUACGAAUAUAGGAUAAUUUUUGACCACAGCAGAACGUGAACAGUAACGCCAUUUCCCCUUUGCAAACAUUCCCGCCAGUGUGUUCAGCAGAAUAUACGGUAACAAAAGAACAUGGCAGAGACAAGCAGUAAGCCAAUAGCAGGGACAUCCCACCGUAGCUGUACCCUUUGCAAGUUCACCGCAUCCAACCAGAAGGACCUUGAAUCGCACAUGUUCUCACAUGUUAGAGAACCCAUGUGGGUGUGUGACACAUGUGGAUAUAGAUCUAACCGCCACAGUGCUAUGGAAAGACAUAGCAGGAAACACAAGAAGAAGUGCAUAGUUGAGAAGAAAUCCAGGCCAGUGCCCGACAAUGCCCGCUGUUGUCCUCUUUGUAAGUUCACCACGGCUGACCAAAAGCAACUUGAAUCUCACAUGUUCUCACAUGUGGAGCCCAUGGUCUGUGAAACCUGCGGAUAUAGAGCAUUGAGCCACAGCACCAUGGCAAGACACAUAAAGACACAUGCUGAGAAGCCGUUCAAGCCAGCGCCCAACGUAAAGCAAGAGAUUGUGUAUCGUACGUGCCCUCUUUGCAAGUUCACUACCACUGACCAAAAGAAGCUUGAAUCCCACAUGUUUAAACACACGUAUCCCAUCGUCUGCCAACAGUGUGGCUUCAGGGCACUGAGUCAGAGAACAAUGAAGAAGCACAUGGAGACUCAUACUACUGAAGAUGAGUCAGUUACUGCAGCAUCUGACAAUGCCCUUAGUACUAGUACAGAUAUCUCCCAGCAUAGAUGUUCUGUCUGUGGGUUCACCACACCAGACCAGCGAGAGUUUGAGUCCCACAAGUCGAGCCAUACGACUUACGCAGGUAAACCCUUUAUGUGUGGGGAGUGCAUGUACCGGACGUCAUGCAUGUUCACGCUGCAGAUGCACAUGAAAACACAUGUAGAUGAGAUGUCUACGGUGUGUGACAAUGGGCUAGAUAGUGAGAGAAGUCAGGACAAGAUGGCUGCCAACAGUGAGCCCAGUCAGGACAAGAUGGCUGUCAAGAUUGAGCCCAGUCAGGACAAGAUGGCAGCCAACAGUAGGUCCAGUCAGGACAAGAUGGCAGCCAACAAUGGGUCCAGUCAGGACAAGAUGGCUGUCAAGAUUGAGCCCAGUCAGGACAAGAUGGCAGCCAACAUUGGGCCUGGUCAAAACAAGAUGGCCGCCAACACUGAGCCCAGUCAGGACAAGAUGGCUGCCAACAGUGAGCCCAGUCAGGACAAGAUGGCUGCCAACAGUGGGCCCAGUCAGGAAAAGAUGGCCGCCAACAGUGGGCCCAGUCAGGACAAGGUGGCUGCCAAUACUAGUGGCAUGGAAACCUACUCAAGUGAUACACAAAAAUACACAAGUGCUGUUCUUGAACAGCAUAUUGAGCAGGAUAAGAGUAAAAUGUCCGAAAAUGUUGCGACUUCUGCCACUGAUAAAGCUUUAAGGUGUGAAGAGUGUGACUUCAGAACUAAUGUCGAACACGCACUCCAGAAACACAUGAUAUGUCACACCCUACCCUUCAUGUGUGGAGAGUGCGGCCACAGGGCAGUCACCAAGUACCAGAUGGACGCACACAUGAGGACACACACUGGCGAGACCCCGUUUUUGUGCGGGAAAUGCGGCUACAAUGCAGCCAACAAGAGGGGCCUUACCAAGCACAUGCAAAUCCACACAGGCGGAAUCUUUACGUGCAAGAAAUGCGAGUACACAACAACUCUUAUGGGUGACUUUAACCAACACCUCCGGGCGCACAGAGGUGAGAUAUCGUUCGAGUGCGAAGUAUGUGGUUUGAAGACGUCAACCAAGGGCGCGAUGGCUAGCCAUAUGCGGAUUCACACCCACGAGCUGCCUUAUGCCUGCAGCAAAUGCGAGUACAGAACGACAUGCCAAGACGACCUGGCCGAGCACAUCCAGACUCACACACUCAAUGAGAAGCCAGUCAUGUUCGUGUGUGGAAAGUGUGGGCUGCAGACACCCAACAGGGGAGCCAUGGCCAUCCAUAUGAAGAUUCACCUUCCUUAGGACUU